GCCUCUGAUAAACUCCAGACCAUCCACUCACGGCAGUGGAAGAGUGCAAGGGCACUCAAAGUUGUCAUGGACGACCUGGUGGCCGUCCUGGACCAUGGGGUUACUGAGUCCCAACAAGUCCAACUCUUCUAUUGUGCCAUGUCGGAGCCCUUACGAGGGCACUUCGUUGACAAGUCCCAACAACCCACUAUGACGUAUGAUGCGCUGAGUAGAGAAGUGGUGCUGUUCGAGGCAAAGUCCAUGCCAGUUUCCACUUUCUGGCAUAAGGACUUAGACAAGGGUAAAAAGUGGAAAGGGCGUACCAUCUCAGGCCAGGUGAGGGCCAAGGAUCACAUGAUCCUUACAUUGGAGGAAGGUGGUACUGAUGAAGUCCCCUACAGUCAGAUAGAGCGGGGGCUCGAGGAGGAGGACAGUAGCGUAGGACAGGGGAGGUCUUAUGCUGCUGUAGCGGCUGGAGGGAGGCCGCACGACAGAGGAGGCCAGGGCCAAAGGGGCAAGGCCACGGGAGGCCGAGGAUCGAGCGCACAGGGGGUUGGCGGCCCAAAGAGCCGUCAAGAGGGAGGUAGGGGUCAAGGUCCCCUGCCAAAUCGUCAAGGUCCCAGUCGGUCCCCGCAACGUAGAGGUGGAGGUUCACCUCAGAGGAGAGGAGGAUGGCAUCCCGGUUGGCCACAGGGACGACCAUGGGAAGAUUUUGGCCUAGAUCAGAAAGUUGCUCAAGAAGAGGCAAUCUGGCAGUGGGAUAAAGACUGUACGUCGGCGCUAAAGAAGUUAAAGCGCGCGUUGAUAGAGUACCCUGUCCUCAAAGUAGCAGAUCUGUCUUUGCCAUUUGUCGUCACCACGAACGCGAGUCAGUAUGGAAUAGGCGCCGUGUUACAGCAGGACGACGACAAUGGCUAUAGACCCCAGGAGGACAUCCACAGCCUCGACGACGCGCUGCCUCAAGUCUACAGCCGCCUCCGGCAGCUGGAGCAGCUACCCGUCGCCGCCCCCGAUGCCAGCUCUUCCAACACCUUCGAUCGCCUCGAGGCAUUGGAGAUGGACGUCGGCUCCCUCAAGGACGGCGUGCAGUUACAGCAAACCGCAACGCAACAGUUGGAGCAGCGGAUCUGUACUGCCGCCAACCACUCGAGCUCGGAACCGCGUGAGACAGCUCCAAAGUUUGACGGGCAGAAGAUCUUCUGCGACUCAACGAAGACAAAUCCGAUUUCAUGGUUCCGCAAGUUGGAGCUCACACUGCAGCUACACUACGUCAAAGAACACAAGCACCACGGGUACUUGUACUCCCGGUCAGGGGGCGCAUGCCAAGCAUGGUUGGACAAUCUCUUGUCCAAGUACGGAGUGGUAGCUGCCGACUUGCAUACCAAGACCAGUUGGGAUGAUCUGAAAGCGGCGUGGCAUAAGCGGUUCCAAGUAGAGCCACCGGAGAUCAAGGCAAUGGACAAGCUGAUGGUCUUCGAACAAGGCACGCUGCCGAGCGUCGACUGGAUUGCUGAGUACCAACGCUUGACAUCCGUCCCAGACAUCCAAAUGGGCUUCAAAGCCAUCAAACACUACUUCAUCCCGAGGUCGUAUCCGACGUUGGGCAAUGCCUUGACUCACGUCGAGGACACCCUGACGACACCGGCAGAACUUUUUGACAAGGUCGCGCAGAUUAUUGUCACGAACAAGGAGGCCAAGAAUCUCCAGCGUUCGUCUGCGCCAAACCUGAGCAGAGAUCAGCAUCGGCCGAAAGUGGUCGUGGUCGCGGCGGCAACGCCAAACGACCAAACUAUCGAGGCCGUGUCUGCCAAUGAAGGGGACAGACUCGCAGCCGCCCGGGAAGGUGGCCACUCCGGCAAAGGUCGAGGACGCGGCAAGGCGAAGACAAACACCACAUCUAGCCCCGGGCCCGGCGCAACAGCUCCAGCCUCAUGGUCCUAUUACGGUCUCUCCGAAUCGGCGCAAAUCGGGAAACUGAGCACCGUCGGGAGUGACUCGACGACACUCUCGACGCCUUUGGAACCGGUCGCUUCGCGGGUGACCGCCCUUCGUUCCGAGGCACAUGCGGAAGUCGAUAGUCCUCCUCUUCUUUAUUCUUUUGAGGACUAUGCUGCCUGGCUCGUUCCUACGCUGGGUACUCAAGCUCAAGGACAAGACGUGUGUGCGGCAUCUUCUCCGUCUGGCAGCGGCGACUUAUCAUCUUCAAGUGGUUCUUCAUGGGAUUCGGCGCGCGAGUUCAACAUAGAGGUAUUGGACCCGCUCACGUCCGGGGAUUUCGCAUGGCUUCCUCUCCCGACCACGGGCCGCUUGCCGGGACCGCAAUGCGCAGCACUAUGUGCUCAUCUUCACACGUACUUAUCCUUCUAUGCACCACCAACUUCGCCGACGGAUGACGAAGUCGCGGUGGGGGACAUUCUUGCGUAUGUCACCAAGGUGGCCCGCGAGUUUCGCAAUCAGCGGUACGACAACAACAACGCACCGCUCCUCUAUGUCCGCAUCCAAGUUGGGCAAGCGUCCUGCAGCGCUUUGCUGGAUAGCGGCGCGUCUCGCAACUUUAUGAGCCAAGCCUUUAUGCACAGGGUUGGCCUUGGUGCACAAGUUCGAAGGAAGGCGAACCCGACGACGAUCAAGCUGGCGGACGGAAGGACGCAGCAACUUAUCGACCGUUACAUCGAGGCCGUACCGGUGUAUUUCGCGCCUCAUGCAUGCGAACCGGUGACAUUUGACAUUUUGGACACGGACUUCGACCGGCGGACUCUUACCGUUCACGACACUUUCUGGGUCGAGGUGCCGUGUACUAUUCCUCUUCCGCACCCUUCAAUUCGGUGCCAAGUGGUGACGGCCAAGUCAUUUCGGGCUACUUGUGCUUACGAGCAGCCCGACGAAAUCGACCUAUGUUUCCUACGGGUCGUCGCGGUAGCCGACUCUUCAUCCACAGACUUGACUUCGGACCCCCGUGUGGUGCGGUUGCUUGACAAGUUCGCCGACAUCUUCGAGUCACCUACCGAUGUGGUGCCGGAUCGGCCGAUCUCUCACGAGAUCAUUCUUGAGGCCGGUGUCGUGCCGCCGAAAGGUUGCAUUUAUCACAUGAGCGAGGAGGAACUUACAGUCCUCCGCGCACAACUCGAUGAUUUGUUGGACAAGGGCUGGAUACGCCCCAGUAGCUCUCCAUAAAGAGCGCCAGUUCUCUUCGUACGAAAGAAGAACAAAGAUUUACAAUUGUA